AUGGCAGGUGCAAUUGAAAAUGCACGUAAGGAAAUUAAAAGAAUUUCAUUAGAAGACCACAAUGAAUCCGAGUAUGGGUCCAUUUACUCGGUUUCUGGUCCUGUUGUGAUCGCUGAAAAUAUGAUCGGUUGUGCAAUGUAUGAAUUGGUCAAGGUUGGUCAUGAUAAUUUGGUCGGUGAAGUUAUUAGAAUCGAUGGUGAUAAAGCUACUAUUCAAGUUUACGAAGAAACUGCAGGUGUCACUGUCGGUGACCCUGUUUUAAGAACUGGUAAACCAUUGUCUGUCGAAUUGGGUCCAGGUUUGAUGGAAACUAUUUAUGAUGGUAUUCAAAGACCAUUGAAAGCAAUUAAAGAAAUUUCUCAAUCUAUCUAUAUCCCAAGAGGUAUAGAUGCCCCAUCUUUGAAUAGAGAAAUUAAAUGGCAAUUCACUCCAGCUGACAUAAAAGUAGGUGACCACAUUUCAGGUGGUGAUAUCAUUGGUACAGUUUUUGAAAACUCUUUAAUUAGUGACCAUAAAGUAUUGGUGCCACCAAGAGCAAGAGGUACUGUAACUUGGGUAGCAACUGCCGGUGAAUAUACCAUUGAAGAAAAAAUAUUGGAAGUUGAAUUCGAUGGCCAAAAAUACGAAUAUACUAUGUUCCAUACUUGGCCUGUACGUGUCCCAAGACCUGUCGCUGAAAAAUUGGCUGCUAACUAUCCGUUAUUAACUGGUCAAAGAGUCUUGGAUUCUUUGUUCCCAUGUGUCCAAGGUGGUACUACCUGUAUUCCAGGUGCUUUUGGUUGUGGUAAGACAGUUAUUUCCCAAUCUUUAUCGAAAUAUUCCAACUCAGAUGCAAUUAUUUACGUUGGUUGUUUUGCCAAAGGUACUGAAGUUAUGAUGGCUGAUUCAUCUAUUAAAAACAUCGAAGAUAUUGAAAUCGGUGAUUUAGUUAUGGGUCAAGAUGGUCAACCUCGUGAGGUUACUCAAUUGCCAAGAGGUUCUGACAAAAUGUACAAGGUUAAUGAAAUUAAUGAAAACUCAACAUCAGAAUUAUUCUCUUUUGUAUGUAAUGCUACACAUCAAUUGAUUGUCAGAACUCCAAGAAACAUUAAAGUUCAAACUCGUAUUAUAGAUGGUAUCGAAUGUAAUGAAAUUGUCUACACUGACCUAUUCAAGGAAAUUACUGAAGAUGCAAGAAUAAUUGAAUUAAUAAAGGAAGUUUCUAAGAUAUACCCUGUCUCAGAAGGAAUGGAUGAUGUCCAAGAAUUUGUCUCUCAAUACAAUAAGUCAUUAGAAGAUUAUUUCCAAUGGACUGUCGAACCUAGAGAUAUUAAUAGAUUGACUGAAUCAAUCCGUGAAGCCACAUACCAAGUUUAUGCUCCAGUCUUAUAUGAAUGCGAAAACCUCCUACAAUAUUUGAAGAACACUAAAUAUAAUCUAAACGAAAAAUCACCAACUGCAUUGGCUUAUUUGUUAGGUUUAUGGACUGGUAGUGGCAUGACACGUAGAGCAGGUCUUUCAGUUAGUACCACCGAUGAAUCAUUAAUGAAUAAUAUAGUAGCAGCUGCUGAUUUAUUAAAUUUAAAAUCAGAAUUUAAACAAGAAAGAACAACUACUAGGGUUGGUAAUGUUAAUUUCUAUGGUAAUUCUACUAGUACAAACCAAAAUGUUGAUAAUUUAUUGUGGGAUGCUAUCCAAGAGUUAGGAUUUAUUCAAGAUGGUAACAAGACUGUUCCAAGUUUCUUAUCAAGUGAUUUGAUUGAAAUUCGUGAAACUUUCUUGGCUGGUUUGAUUGAUUCCAACGGUUCUGUUGAUAACAAUAAGCAAGAUAUUUCAUGUACUAUUGAAUUAGAAGAUAAUAAAGUCAUGAGCGGUAUUGUUAGUUUAAUCCGUUCAUUGGGUUUAAAGGCUGAUGUAACUCAAAGUAGUGGUAAGUUGAAUGAUGUUUGUUAUAAUGUUACAGUAAAGGGUGGUGAAUUAUUAAAAUCAGUUCUAUCUCGUUGUUCUGCUAUUAAUUACACUAAAUGUGAAAGCAGAGAUUUAUUACGUGAACCGGUUGAAUUCUAUUUCGAAUUGCAAGAAUUAGAAGAAGCUGAAUAUUACGGUAUUACCUUACCAGAAUACUCUGAUCAUCAAUUUAUGUUGUCUAACCAAGUUGUUGUUCACAAUUGUGGUGAACGUGGUAAUGAAAUGGCUGAAGUCUUAAUGGAAUUCCCUGAAUUAUUUACUGAAAUGAACGGUAAGAAGGAGCCAAUUAUGAAACGUACUACAUUAGUUGCAAACACUUCUAACAUGCCUGUCGCUGCCAGAGAAGCGUCUAUUUACACCGGUAUUACAUUAGCCGAAUAUUUCAGAGAUCAAGGUAAACAUGUUUCUAUGAUUGCUGAUUCCUCAUCUAGAUGGGCAGAAGCUUUAAGAGAAAUUUCUGGUCGUUUGGGUGAAAUGCCUGCUGAUCAAGGUUUCCCAGCUUACUUAGGUGCCAAAUUAGCAUCCUUUUACGAAAGAGCCGGUAAAGCUGUUGCAUUAGGUUCUCCAGAUCGUGUUGGUUCUGUUUCCAUUGUUGCUGCUGUUUCUCCAGCAGGUGGUGAUUUCUCUGAUCCGGUUACUACAGCCACAUUAGGUAUUACCCAAGUUUUCUGGGGUUUGGAUAAGAAAUUAGCUCAAAGAAAACAUUUCCCAUCCAUCAACACAUCAAUCUCUUAUUCCAAAUAUACCAAUGUGUUGGGUAAGUUUUAUGAUAGCAAUUAUUCAGAAUUCCCAGUAUUAAGAAAUCGUAUAAAGGAGAUUUUAUCUAAUGCUGAAGAAUUAGAACAGGUUGUUCAAUUGGUUGGUAAGAGUGCAUUAAGUGAUAGUGAUAAGAUCACAUUAGAUGUCUCCACAUUGAUUGAAGAAGAUUUCUUACAACAAAAUGGUUAUUCCACAUAUGAUGCAUUCUGUCCAAUUUGGAAGACAUAUGAUAUGAUGAGGGCAUUUGUAUCGUAUUAUGAUGAAGCACAAAAGGCGGUUUCUAAUGGUGCUAAUUGGUCUAAAUUAUCUGAAUCUACAUCUGAUAUCAGACAUAAGGUAUCAUCUACCAAGUUUUUAGAACCAAGCAGGGGUGAAGCUGAAGUACAUAAAGAAUUCGAGAAAUUGCUAACCGCCAUGCAAGAAAGAUUUGCUGAAUCUACUGAUUGA